UUCUGCAAGGACUCAGACAGAAGCAGUACAGGACCUGAGGGAAGCCAACCGGGGAGGGGCCCUUUGUCAGGAAGGAAUAUCAUUACUUUCUCCGCCGGCUUUGGAGUAAACACGCUUUUUUUAUUUGCUGUCUUUUCGUGCAGCAGCACAUCCCGACUCAGCUCGGACUGGGACAUCCCGUUUCUACCGGGAAAACAGGGGGUGGAUGCUUUGUGUGCACUGCUUUGCUUGUCCCUUUCAGCCGCACUGAUUUGCACUGACCAGUUGUUUUUGAAAACAAAAAGCCUAUAUUUCGAGGUCCGGUGCCUCUCCCCUCCUCCUCCCCCAUCCUUUCUUUCUUCCCCGAUCACUCCUUCUUUACCCUCCCUUCCUUUGCCUAUUUAUCCGAUCCCGCAACGCUGCAGAGUCGCAGAGAUGCCCAGCUCGCUCUUCGCCGACAGCAGCGUCCAGGGUGAUGCGCUGGACGACCAGAGAGCCUUGCAGAUCGCCCUAGACCAGCUCUCCCUGCUCGGCUUGGACAACGACGAGAACCCCCUGUACGACAAUAACCAGGAGCCUCGGAAGAAGAGAGUCAACAUGACCGAAUGCGUCCCGGUUCCCAGCUCCGAGCAUGUGGCGGAGAUUGUGGGCAGACAAGGUUGCAAGAUCAAAGCACUCCGAGCAAAGACCAACACUUACAUCAAGACGCCAGUUCGAGGGGAAGAGCCUGUUUUUGUGGUGACUGGCCGGAGGGAGGAUGUGGCUAUGGCCAGGAGGGAGAUCAUCUCUGCUGCUGAGCACUUCUCCAUGAUUCGAGCCUCCAGAAACAAAAAUACCAGCCUGAACGGGAGUGGCGCCCCGGUGCCCGGGCCACCGAAUUUGCCCGGACAGACCACCAUCCAGGUGCGGGUGCCUUACCGUGUGGUCGGGCUAGUUGUAGGUCCCAAGGGUGCCACCAUCAAGCGUAUUCAGCAGCAUACCCACACUUACAUUGUGACACCCAGCCGAGACAAGGAGCCAGUUUUUGAGGUCACGGGUAUGCCGGAAAAUGUAGACAGAGCGCGUGAAGAGAUUGAAGCCCACAUCGCCAUGAGGACAGGAGGCCUUAUUGAGCUCCAGGAUGAAAAUGACUUCCAUGCCAACGGUACAGAUGUGGGAUUUGAUCUUCAUGGGCACACUACCCUGUGGUCCAAGCCCAGUGCCGGGAUGACCCCCACCUCAGUACGUAAACCCUUCUCCAACUACCGCAACAACUCGUCCUCCUCCCUGGGCAGUGCCUCAACAGACUCCUACUUUGGCAGCAGCGGCUCACGCAUGACUGACUACAGCCCCCCCAGCCCCGCCCUCAGCUAUACCACCACCAACAACAACAAUGGCAACAACAACAACAACAUCGAUGUCAACACCAACGGCAACAAUUUUGUUUAUGGAAGUGAGGUGAUCUCUCCUGACUGCACUGAUCUGAAUUUUGACUCUUCCCCGGGGUUUGACCCCUCUCAAGCCCCACCAGGCCUCCUGUGGUCCCAUUAUGAUAGUCGCAUGACCCCCUCUUCCACCGGAGGCAGCACCCCCACAUCCACCUCAGCCAUAUUCCCCACCAACACAUCCACUAACACCAAUGUCACAGUGGUGAGUCAGAGAAGGGUCAACGGUUGUACCCCACAGCCUAGGCUGUCUCCACCCCUCCACGGCCACACCGGAUGCCCUUCUGAGCAUCCAUUAGCCAGGAGGGUACGCAGCGACCCGGGUGGAGGCCCACUCAGUUUCCCUGGUUACUCCAGCACUAUUUCUUCCCUGCCUGGCCCUCACCUCCCUGGGGUUCCAUGUGACUCUUCUGCCUCAUCCUCUUCAUCCUCCUCCACCUCAUCCAGCACCAGCCGAAAAGGCAGCCGCGACUGUUCGGUGUGCUUCGAGAGUGAGGUCAUCGCGGCCCUGGUCCCUUGUGGGCACAACCUUUUUUGUAUGGAAUGUGCCAAUCGUAUCUGUGAAAGGAGCGAGCCCAAAUGCCCCGUCUGCCACACCGGCGUCACUCAGGCUAUACGUAUAUUUUCCUAAGAGAUGUAACCCUUUGACUGUCUCAUCAGCAAGACUGGCUGCAAUAGCAACAACAGACUAUUCAUACAGCUUUAAUGGGAUUACCCAGUCAUCAGCUGGAAAGUGUAUAUAGAUAUACAUAUGUAUGUAAGAGGCUGCAGUAUCCAGAAGAAGGGACUUCGUCGUAGUUGUUAAUAUUAUACUGUAGCUGGGGGAAAUAUUUUCAACAUCUGAGUGCAUGUUUUAAAUAUUACAGCGUAGUAAACAAUACUUCUAGUAAAUUGCACCCUAUAUUUAUGGAGUGAAGCGAUGCAGUGGGGUCAGAAUAGAGGUACUGGUGUCAGCCUGUAGACUGUUAGCGGGCUGAGCCUCCCUGUUUUACCAAUCGAAUGUAGUAAGAGGGAGGCCAUGGCUGGGAAACAUGGAGUGCUUCCAGACAAACAGGACCACUGAUGUACAAAGAUACUGCAGCUCAAGGUCAAAAACCACAUGAGGGACAGCAACAACAUAUCCUACAUAUAUAUGUAUAGAAUUAAUUUCCAUAAGUUGAAAGUUUUAAAUGACAAUACAGAUUGAAGUAUUUUAUUCUUUUUUGACUUGAAAGAUUAUAUUUCUUAUUGCAAAAAUGUUUACAGAUAUUUUAAUUUAAGUUCAGUGAACUUUUUGUAGCUGGGUUGAAAUAUUGUUUAUUUUUUAGUACAGCCUUAUGGCAUUGAUCACUGUAUUAUUUUAAUAUCACACGACUGUGGGAGGAAAUCCAAGUCCACAAAAUGUACUGUAUAUGGCAUUUGACAGUAUUCUGUUGGGACAGAGAUUUUAUAGGUUCAGCAAAAAAGUCUUUUAAAUCUGCUUCACCCAGCAUAUUUUUUAUUCAGUAAUAUAAAGCAUAUUUUAUUCUAUAUUAUUAUGAAGCAUUGAAUUGUACAAAACUUAGUAAGUUGAACACAAAGAAACUGUUUAUGCUUUCUAAAAUUUGUAUGAAUUAGAUUCCAGUGGGAAUUACAGGCUUCUGUUGCACCACUAUAGUUUUAGUAUUUCUAUUUUAAUACAUUUGUUUACCACUUGUUUAUGUAUAUGUAGGUGAAAUUACUUGAGCGUAAAUGUACUUUAUUGAGCAAAGUUUAAGAACAAAGUAUAUUUUAUUUUAUGAUAAAGGGCCUUUAACCUCAUGGUCAAAUACUAAUAUUAUAUUUGCUGAGACAAGAUUUGAAACUGUAUGAAGAGUUUUAUUUUUCUGACAUUUAAAGUUAUACAUGAUAAAACUUAAGUAAUGGUGCUACUUA